CCGAUUUAAACCUCUCAGCAAAACUUCUUUCUCUUUUUGUUUUUCUCAUUUUCAAAACCCUAGCUCAUCCAUUUUCAGAAAUUUUCCUUUUUGUGCUUUCUGAUUUCUGAAAUCUUUCCAUGAUUCCGCCGUCGUACGCUGUCGAUUCACAGUCCCAAGCUCAAGACCUCGCCUCCGCCGUUCUAACCUCCUCCACGCCGCCUAAAAUCGUCUCCACCUGUGUCUCCAUCGAGUCCUUCUUGAACUCCCACACACCCGAUCAGUUCCGUCAUUUCUUCUCCAUCGCCUUCCCGACCUUAAUCUGUAAGCUCUUUGGCUUCGAUGAUGCUUCGUCGCAGUCGCUCCAAAGUCCUCAGUCUCUACCCAACGGCUGGAUUGAUUCCGCCUCACUGUCCAACGACUCUGAGGUUGCUUCCAAAGUUUUCUCCCUUCUCGCCCCUAAUGGAACACUAAUGAAUGCAAUUUCAGCCAUCGAUCGGCACUCACUGGUUAAAUAUGUGUUCCCUUCUGAACGGCUUCCAGAGUGGGCUCGCUUCAUGCUCUCAAGUGAGAAGGAUUGCCGGGUUUUAUCCGAGUUGUGCCCUUUGUUUAAAGGUAAAGUGAAAGAGGAUAAAAUUAAGGGUUCUUUAUAUCAAAUUCGAUUGAGCGUCUUCGAGUAUUACAUGUUUUGGUUUGCUUAUUACCCGGUUUGUAGAGGAAAUAGCGAGCGUUUGGACACAGUUUCCAUAAAAAGAAGCAAGAAAUCUACGUUGGAGAAUUGGGCAUAUUCUAUUAAGGGAUUUUCAGGUUCAAGUAAGCGUGAAUUAGUGCAAAAGGCUGAGGGUAAGCUCUAUAUGCGGCUUUUUUUUGCUUAUCUUCAUGCUUUCGUCCCUAUAUUUGACCUGAAUAUGCACCAACCAUAUCGUAGCUCCAUUUUGAAUCACUCCUUGACCUGUGAUAGUUCUGUCAUAUUGAGGGCUGAGUUUAUGGUUGAUUUAUUUGUGCAUUAUUGGUUGGUUGAUAAUGACUUUUCACCGUUGCCUGUCAAUGUAUUUAAGUCGCUUGGUGGGUCAUUUCGGUGCCGGUCAGUUUUGUGUGAGUCUCAACCAACUAGUGCUUUGGGAGAGCUGCUGAAGUUGUUUGUGAAGUACUUAAAUUUGAGCUCAGUUGCAGUAACAGAUGGGUAUGAGAGUGGUGAGUACUGUGGGAGUCCAAGGUGGAGGGUUUCAACAUCUUUUGAUGGUGGAAAGUCCAGGGAUGUUGUUCCAGUGUCACCAUGUAUUCGCUCUUUCAUUUCUUGGAACUCAUGGAUCCAAAGGCCAUUGUAUAGGUUUAUACUGCGAACUUUCUUGUUUUCUCCGGUGGAGACCUCAAUCAAGAAUGCAUCUCAGGUGUUUUCUGUUUGGGUUAGUUAUAUGGAGCCCUGGAAUAUCAGUUUGGAUGAUUUUUCUGAGCUUGGCUUGAUUACGGAAGGGUUUGAUAAAAGUGUGAGGUUGGAAUCACAGUCUCCAGGUUGUGGGUAUUCAUCAUUUUGGCAAGGCUAUGUGUUGUCCAAUUACCUAUAUUACAGUUCCCUUGUUAUGCAUUUUAUUGGGUUUGCACACAAGUUUCUUCACAAGGAUCCGGGGUUGGUAGUCCAGAUGGUAUUGAAGGUUUGUCUCUUAACUGAGAUUCUUUUUGUUUCAGUUAAUUAACUUCUAUGCAUUCUGAUUUAAUCUAUUCUUGAUGGAAUUGUACAAUGGAUCCUUUAGGCUUCUUCUGCUUGUUCCAUUAUGGAAAUCUUCUCCUUUUCUCCCUCACUAGAUAUAAAAGAUUCUAGUUUCAUUAAGUUGAAAAGAUGGUUCCUAUACUGAACUAUGGGACUCAAUUAUUGUAAAGCUUUUUGACACUAGGACUGAAAAGAUUCUAAUAAUUGGCUGGAAUUACC